CUGCUCCAGCCUGCCGGAUCCCGUCUUGCGUAGCAUUUUCCUCUCUCUCUCCCUCUCUCCGGCACUUUAAAUAAUUACAUAUUUUACACGGACUCGUCAUGCUAUUGACGUGAUACUAUUUGGAAACUAAGCGUUGUGUGUAGAGGCUACACGAAGCAGGGAGCAGAUUACUUCUAUGAAGAAAGGAUCGCUGACCGAGAUUUAAGACGCGAUUGCCCAGGCUACUUGGUUUCCUGGACAGGACAGAUUAUAUAUUGGGAAAGGAAAACAAGCCCGUUUCCCGAACCGGUUUUUUAAAUGUUUUAUCCUACUCAAAGAGUGAUAAGACCGAGAUGACAGUCCGGUUUACAAAUAACAGAGACUGGUGACCGUGUACCGUGGCAGCGCGCUUGAUGAGCACCCCGGAUUACCGGGAGGAUGGCAUGGACCUGGGGAGUGAUGCAUCCAGUCGUUCUAGCUCAGAGUCCAACUCCAACAAGGUCACGCCUUGCUCCCCCUCUCUUGACCUGGCCACUUUGGAGGACUACAAGUCCUCCCCGUCCUUAGACCUGGUCACCUUGGAGGACUAUGAGGAGGAUGAGGACUACCAAGAGUAUAAGAAGAAGGUGAUAGAGGAGUGGGAGAGUGAGUAUGGAGAGGACUACACUUCUCCACAGCCUCCUGGUCAGGAGGAAGGUGGAGGAGGAGUUGGGGUUGGGGGGCUUGGCAGAGGCCACAGGAAGUCAGUGAACAGCCGCAGCCUCGCUGAAGAAUUCCAGGAUGUGAAGACCGUCCCGCCUCUGCCUGCCCCCGGCGGACACACUGCCACCUCCGUUGCAGCUGUCCCCGAGGAACUGAAACAGAACGGCAACCUGAUCCUGCCCAGGAGCAGCCAGCUCAGCUCCCCAGGAGCACCACAGGGGGGCACAGGGAUUCCCAAGCCCAGCCACCGCAGCUCUAGCCAGGGAAGGGGGAGCCGUGGCACUGGGGGUGGUGGUGGUGGAGGAGGAGGCAGUGGAGGGACUGGGGGACGGAUUGGGGGAUACAGAGAAGAGGAAUGUGUAGAGGAGGAGCCUCUGCCCACCAUGGACUGGGCGGCCCUGGAAAGACACCUGGCUGGGCUGCAGUGCCGAGAGCAGGAAAACCAGAACCUCAACCAGAACCAGAACCACAGCAUGGGCAAGACCAACUACACCUCAGCCCAAAAGAAUGAGAGGGAGUCCAUUCGGCAGAAGCUGGCCCUGGGCAGUUUCUUCGACGAUGGGCCAGGCAUCUAUACCAGCUGCAGCAAGAGCGGCAAGCCCAGCCUGUCCUCUCGGCUGCAGAGCGGGAUGAACCUACAGAUCUGUUUUGUCAAUGACAGCGGCAGCGACAAGGACAGUGAUGCAGACGACAGCAAGACAGAGACCAGUCUGGACACACCUCUGUCUCCCAUGUCCAAGCAGAGUUCGUCCUACUCAGACAGGGACACCACAGAGGAGGACUCGGAGUCUCUGGAGGACAUGGACUUCCUGAGCCGACAGAAGAAGCUGCAGGCGGAGGCCAAGCUGGCCCUGGCGAUGGCCAAGCCCAUGGCCAAGAUGCAGGUGGAGGUGGAAAAACAGAAUCGCAAGAAGUCCCCGGUGGCGGACCUGCUUCCCCACAUGCCUCAUAUUAGUGAGUGUCUCAUGAAGAGAAGCCUGAAACCCACAGACUUGAGAGACAUGACCCUGGGACAGCUCCAGGUUAUAGUCAACGACCUGCACUCCCAGAUCGAGAGCCUGAACGAGGAGCUGGUGCAGCUGCUGCUGAUCCGGGAUGAGCUGCACAUGGAGCAGGAUGCCAUGCUGGUGGACAUAGAGGACUUCACCAGGCACGCCGAGAGCCAGCAGAAACAUAUGGCUGAGAAGACCCCUUCCAAAUGAGAUGUGUCGCCCUGCUCCGCCCCAGCCCGCCCCGCCCAAGCCAAACAAAGCCCCCGCUCCGCCCUCGUCCAAACCAGACUCCCGCCCCCCCUCCACCACCACUCCACCUCUACCCCUCCUCCCGUGUCCAUCCAAAUCCUGCCCGCUUUGUCCCAUGUUUUUUGCUCCUUGCUGCUUCCCCGUCUCCCCGUGCCCACCCUCCUGUCCGACCCACUGAUUCCAGUGGUGGCAGCAGCACAGACGAAGGCCACCCCUUUCAUUUGCUUCUGUGAUUUAUCCCAGCGCUAAGGAUGGAGGAGCACUUCCUGCUUCCUGGGAGAAGAGGAAUCGUGUGUUGUCAUGGAUACUGUCCCCAGCUUCCUGUGCAGUGAUCGGCCUUGCUUCGCUAUUGUUUCUUUUUAACUUUCUACAUUCGCCACUAAAUUAUAACUGUCAAAAUACGAAAAUUGUGGGAAAAAAAAUAAAAUAAUAGUGAAAAUUUUAGUAGAAAGUCAGUCAUGAGAAAAAAAAGAAACAACAUUGUAUAAAAUAAAAAACGAUGAAAAACUAACUUCUUCAGACCAUUUUAAGUUGGACAGUAAUUUUAAAGUAUUUCAAAGUCAACCUCUUUUUAUUCUGCACAAAUGGUAGUUUUCAACUGAGAAAUGUUUAUUUGAAGGUGCUAAAAGAGUGUAAAGGAAACAUGCCUGCCUUGUAGUGGAGUCGUAGCUUUUGGUAAUACGUUCACUCUAAUUGCUCUUCAACAUUUUGUGAAUGUUGAUUUUCUGACACGAGUCAUUUUAAAUGAAUAAGUGUGUUAAUAUCGUUUUCAUCCUAUUGUAUUCAGAAACUUUAUUUGAGGGAAGAAAUGUUUAUGUACAGAUAUGUAAAAUAAAGAAUAAACUUUGUUUCAUAUA